AUGGCAAGCGAAGCUUACUCAGCUUCUAUGCUGCAGACGUAUUCCGUUCGUACUGCAGCAAAUACCUCUGCCUAUUUUGUCCCGCAAAUCAAGCCAAACAUGAAAAUUCUCGAUAUUGGGUGUGGACCUGGCUCCAUCACACUGGAUCUGGCUGCUUUCGUUCCACAGGGAACUAUUGUCGGCAUCGAUCUCAGCGAAACCGCAAUCGAUUCCGCUAAAGAGCUCGUUCAGAAACGGAACGUGGAUAAUGCGACUUUUGAGGUCGCCAAUGUCUUGAAUCUUCCGUAUGAAGACGAGACGUUUGACAUCGUCUGCGCACAUCAGGUUCUUAUUCAUCUUCCCAACGAUUCUUCAAAAAUCGGAGCCGUGGAAGGUCUGAAGGAGAUGAGACGCGUUUGCAAAACUGGAGGCAUAGUUUGUGCUAGAGAAUGUGAUUGGAGGAGCGCUGUUGUCCAUCCAUCUAUUCCCGGUGUGUUGGACGGCAUGAAAUUGAUCGAAGAUUUGACUGCUUUGAAACGAACCUCGCCAUACGGUGGAAUGGCUCGGUUCUGGGCUGAGAAAUCAGGGUUCAGAUCUGCGGAUAUUGAUACCUCUGCCUCUGUGGUUUACUAUUCAAGCCCUGGAGAAGUGAAGUGGUGGGGUGAGACGAUGGCUCAGCGUCUGGAACAAGGCUCUUCGCUUGACACAGGAGUUAAGGAAGGUCUCAUUUCCGAGGACCAAAAAGCCACACUUCCUUUGGGAUGGAGGACAUGGUCUGCACAAUCUGAUGCCUUUUUCUCUAUGACUGAUGUUCAAUUUAUCUGCAAGAAAUAG